GUUUCUUCAUUCUAUUUCUCUUCAACAUUUGAAGAGGUUCAACCAACCUGGACAAGAUUCAGACAACCUGAAACCACUACAAGCACACUAGAUGAGGUUUGACACUGUCAGAGACGAAAGAAGACAAACUAAGAAGAACACCCAUCAGAUACGGUUACAGACACAAAGACGACUAUCAAAUACAAAGAAAUGCUGAGAAACAACACAGGUGAAAAGCACCCAUGAUUCAAGGAGGUGAAAAUACAAGUUAAGAGGUACAAGAAAAGAGAAACAGAGAUGAUCAAAUUUUGUAACUUUGCCGUUUCUCUCCUACUGCUAUCACUUGGCAUCAGCGGCAUGGCCAGUGGGACUGAGAUUAAUUGUGUUCCGUUGAUCAGAGUGCCACGAAACACAGUGUUUAGAGCUCCUGUUAUGACCGAGUUGAAGAUAAACUGUACUAUAACUCUAGAUGGAUGUCACAGGAACCCAAGAGUCUCAUGGUGCAAACUCAAUGGAAGUGACUGUAAAGCUUUAAAUUACUCACAUCACAUAAGAACUGAGUGGAAGGACAUCAAAAAACAUGAAUGGAUGGCUUUCCUGAUUUUCCUGAACAUCUCAAUGGAGGACACAGGUCUCUACAGAUGUAAAGAAGGUGACACAUCUGUAAGCCAUGCUAUUAAUGUCACUGUGACAGAUAAAAAUGAGGAUGAGGUGUCACGCAAUCAAAGCAACACACUAGGUGAUUGGAAUUCAGGUCAAAAGGAUGAUCUUCAGUGGCUUUGGCCAUAUGUGUACAUCUGCAGUGGAAUAGCAGGGCUGGUGGUCAUAGUUAUAAUUGUAACAUUACUUAUUAUCAGAAACCAAGGGAAAAAAUCAACAAGAAAAAAUAUGGCAACUAAAAAUCAGAGCAAACCUCAUCACAACACCCAUUCCCCCCAUCCCCCCUCUGAUCAGCUGACCUCUGCUUUAAAUCGUGGCUGUGAAACUGCACCUGUCAGAGGAGCAUCAUCAGCUGGAAGAGUUUCAGAUGGUAGCCACAACGCAGCUGGCACAGAAAGAGGGGAAGAAGAGAAUGCUCUGGUGUAUGCUUCUUUGAAUCACCAGGCUAUGUCAAGAGGGCCGAGAAGAACAGCCCGACAAGAACCAGAAUCUUCAGAAUAUGCGGCAAUCCGGUUCCGGUGAUUCAAUGAACUUAGAAAGUAAAAAAAAGAUUACUGAGAAAUGACUGAUAGAAAAAAAAUGGUGAUACAUUUGUUAUUCUGUAUUAAGAAAUCAGUUUAAAAUACUGUCUGUGAGGAGCAGGAAUCCGAGCUUUAGGACACCUCUGGGUCGCAUAGUGCAAAUGUUUGCUGGUAUAUCAAAAGUCCAGCAAGAAUUACUAGUGUUCUCAAAUUUACAAAAACAUUUAAUGGCUCUCCUUUCUGCCCUACUGAAAUAAAUAAAUAAAUAAACGUGGAGAGUGAUGUUGCACAUUGUAGCAGGUAAUAAACCACACAAUAAAUGACAGCGGCUUCUACAAAGUUUAAGCCUGUCUAUAUGCAACGUGCUAUUUUGUUAUACAAAAGAAGCAGUUUUUGAAAAUUGUCUUUGGCAACAUUUUUGAGGCUGAACUUUUAUUUAUUAUUUCCAUGUUGUUUUGUGGUUCAUAUAAUUAACAGCUACUGAAUGACUUAACAUUUUAAUUUAAAUGAACAGCUGUUUAUAUGUCUGCUCAUUGCAUUGCAAAGAAAACUGACCAACUAAUAAGAUUUGGUCUUUUGGUCGCAUCAUCUCGCAUGCCCAGUGUCGCUACUGUUAUACAAAAUGAGUUGGUAAUGUUUGAUAAACACCAUAGUGAAUACAAAAUCUGAAGUGCUGUUUUUUUUUUUUUUUUUUUUUUUUUUUAAAGUAAACUGUUUGACUGCCUGUUGGAGUAACUUGGAAUAAACACCAACUGUCAGAAAAUGA